AGAGAGAGAGAGAGAGAGAGAGAGAGAGAGAUUUUCGCCUAACACGAUAACACUGCAAGCCGCAAGAAAAUAAAAAACUGGCAACUCAGCCCUGUUGGACGUGGCCCAGCUUGCCUGGGACAACACGUCUCCACUAGUGGCUUACUCUCUUGCAUGCUAGUCAUUGCCUCAAAGUUUCCUGUUAUCAUACCUCCGGCUCUCCACCCCCAUAUACACCAUUAUCACCCACCACUCAGUCACAUGCUCUGUGAUCUUCACUGUAAAGAUAUCACCUUUAUUGUGUUCUAGUCUGCCUUCCAUCUCCCUCGAUAACUUGAUUUCCUCUUCCUUUUCCCUCAUAAUCAUCCCCACCCCUCCUUCCUUCUCAUUUGCAUGCCUACCUCUGCCUAAGACUACCCAGCCUCCUUCACUCCAUCCAAUGUUGUUGUGCCACCCUGUCUCACCUACUCAUAUCACGUUAUAAUCCCUCCCUUCUAUCAAUAACUACUUUCUUCGUUCCAUCGUUCGUGUUAAGCGCCACUCCGCCGAAAACACCACGUCGCCAAUAUAGAAACAUAUUUUUGAAAAUUCACAUAUCUAUAGUAUGCAUUUCAAUAUUACAUGUAGUCCUUUUUCCUCGCUGAUAUAAGUCAUCUUUAAUAUGGUGAAUAUAAAGGGAAACAGAAAGAUCAACUUUUCAAGUGGCCCGAGUUUGUUGUUGUUGGGCCGAAAUAGUCUUGGGUCUGAUACUGGCAGCUGACUGGCUGACUGGAAGAAUCUCAACAACGUGGGCUGCAUAUGGCAGUGUGGUGAGGCCAGGAGGGAUUUUGUGGUGCCAGAGUGAUUGCCUUGUGGCCUAUUAUCUUGUCAAGGUUAUUGCAUACUCAAGCAAUACUUGUCAGAGUUGUGGGGUGGGAAGCGAGCGUAGGGACGCAACGAAGAUACUGAACGAGCUAUGUCCGUCUAUCAUGACGAAAUUGAAAUUGAAGAUUUUGAUUUCGACGAAGACACAGAGCUGUACACAUAUCCUUGUCCUUGUGGAGACCGCUUCCAGAUCAGCAAAGAGGACCUAGCUUCUGGGGAGGAUACUGCUACCUGCCCCAGCUGUUCCCUCAUUGUAAAAGUAAUUUACAACAUUGAGGAUUUUGCUGAGUAUGAAGAGGACUGUGUAGUUGCCACCAAGGAAAAACAGCUUGUAAAAAAUUGAAGGAUUGCUGCACAAAACAUAACUUUUUAUCUUAAGCAAGAUGGGUGGAAGAGGUCGUGGGCGUGGCCGAGGAAAGGGUAUGAGUUUGGAGCAGCUUGGGGUACAGAAGGGAGAAGUCUUACCAGAUAGGAUUGUUGGUCCCCCUGAAACAUAUCCACCACUUGAAUUCAGGCCAGUGCAACCAACGCAAGAAAAGAAUUUGGCCGAGUCGUACUUAUUGGUUGUCAAGAAAGAGUUCCGGGAACAUAUGCAAAAUUCUCAGUUUUACAUUCAACCUGGAGUUAAAAGGAAGGAUAUCGAGAGAUAUUCUGACAGGUACCAACUUCUAGCUAGUCACCGAGGCCAACUUAGCCUUAACUGGUCUCGAUUCCCUAAAGAACUCCAUCCCACUUCAGUGUCUAUUUUAAGGAAAAAAAGAAAGAAAGAAUCUGAAAAGGUUAAAGUCAAUGUAAAGAAAGCUCGAACCAAAGACAUGAAUGUCAGUGAGACUCUGGAAGCUCUAGAAAAAGCAGAAGCAAUGGGUAUAGAGGAUAAUGAGGAAGAUGAAAGAGAUAAUACAGAUAAAGCAGAAGUUGAAGAUGUGGAAGAGCUUGAAGAGGUUGAUGAAGAGUUGGAUGAAGGGACAGACUAUUUCAACAGCUACUUUGAUAAUGGUGACAAUUAUCUUGAUGAAGAAGAUGAUGCUUUAGAGGAAGGAGGAGUAUUUUGAUCUUGUCUUUACUCAAUAAAUUCACAAAAUUUA